GUAGUGCUCAAAUCAUUCUGCGACGGCAACAUCGGAAUUUCCCUUCCUGAAGGCUGACUGGUUUCAUCUCACUUCUGCUCUGUCACUCCUUCUGGCUCCUCUGCGUUCCUCCCUUUGACGGCUUCCACUUUACGCCUCGGUCUCUUUGUCUCUGCACUCUGGACUCAGCAGCUGUUGGUUGCUGUCUUUUAAUUUAUUUGUCUAAAAAAGAUCUACUGGGAACGAUGCCUUCCCGUUCACUCGUGGUUUUGAUGCUUUCUAUGACGGGUUUUCUGCGGGACGGGCGUGUCUCCUGCUGCGAUGAAAGCUGUACAAAUAAACCAGUGUUCACUCCACCCAGUCUGGUGGUGAGGUUUGGUGACCCCACCUCAGCCAACUGCUCUGUGUGUGAAGACGCUUGUGUCAGAAACAAAUAUGAUGUGGAAAGCCCCGUGGGACAGAUAACAAAGAUCGGAUCCACGAUCGUAUGGACAGUCGAUGCACUGACUGAGUGGUCGCCAUCUUCCUUGUGCUACUACAGCAAUGAUGCUGGUCAACAGUGUUGUACCUACCUGCCUGUUACUGUCUACAAGCCUCCACAAAAAGUGUCCAUCAGCGUUAACCACCGUGGGCCGAUGAUGGAGGGUCACCAGUACACUCUGCAGUGUACAGUAGAGGACGUGGCUCCUGUUAAGAACCUCUCUGUGACCUUCUACAGAGGACAGACAGCACUGGGUCAACCACAGUCCAUCAACAGCACAGAGGAGAAACCAGUGACUCAGAACUUCACUCUGCACAUCAACCCGGGUAGAGAAGCCGAUGGAGCUGAGUUCUGGUGUGAAGCGAAGCUGGAACUGGGACCUGAAGGACCGAAGCUCCCUCCAGUGGAAAAAUCACAAAAGAUCACUGCUACUGUGCACUAUAAGCCUCACCUGGAGGGAUCAUCACCUCCAGAUCCCAUCAGAAUCCAGGAAGGAGAACUUCUACGACUGAACUGCCCGGCUGUAGCGAACCCCCCCCCCCUGUACACCUGGACGCACGAGCUAAAGUUAAUAGAAGUCUCUGAAGACGUUCUCACUAUCAACUCCACCACUGUGUCGGAUGGGGGGAAGUACACCUGUUCAGUGGUCAACAAGAUGGGGAAUGUCAUCAGGGAGUUUGACGUGGAGGUUCAGGCAAGCUACAUAUUGACCAUCAUUGUCGUUGUUGCUGCGGCUGUCCUUCUGAUCGCCAUCUUGGGCCUGGUCACAUACUUCUAUUGCUACAAACCGGGUCGGGUGGGACGGUACAACCUGAAGGACGUCUUCUUCCGCUCGCACUCGGCUGUUCCCACUGCGGAAUGAGUCACGUGACAAUGUGAAUGGACCUUUGCUUUGACCGUUUCAUGACCAUCCAUUAACCUCCUGAUGGUGCCCACUGACUCUAAUGGUGCGUUUCCACCGAGCGGUACGGUGCGGUACGGGUCGGGUCGGUACCCUUUUAUUUGUGUCUCCACUGAGAAAAGUACCAAAGAUCUGCACCGUACCGUACCACUUUUUGGGUACCCUUCCGUUGGGGUACCUGGCACAGUUGUUUGGUACUAAAGGGUGGAGCUAGACUCACUGCAGAGCGUUGAUUGGUUGAAAGAGUGUCGUCAUUUGCGCGUGCCGCAAGGGGAAAGACAACACACGAAGGAACACCGUCGCAACAAUGUCGCCGCGCAGCAUUUACUUUAACAGCCACAUAUCGAAACGCAAGAACAGGAUCGGCUGUAUGUCCAUUGUUGUUUGCGGUUAGCUUUCAGUUUUCGCGCGAUCAAAGUUUUGACGUCAAUCUACUUUCCGUCCAAUACCACGCCUAUCAAGUAAGGGUACUGUUGGCGGUGGAAACGCUCGCCAAAUCAUGGUUAACAGACCCGUACCGUACCGUACUGCUCGGUGGAAACGCGCCAUAAUAUGUCAGAGAAUUUAUUGGAUCUCAAAAGUACCGAAAGAAAGAAAGAAAGAAAGAAAGCAAGCAAAGAAAAACAGAUGAAACUCUUUUGAACAAUCAAAUGAAAUAGUAUUCGGUGCUUAUUUGGCCCCUCAUUGUCGUCACAUCUUGUGUAGCUUGGCGAUCAUGUGGUUGCCUCUCUUCAUUGUGCUUUAGUUGCAAGCUCUGUGACUCUAUUGAGAGGUGUGACUACAUCUCUAAUAACCAUUCCGGUUAUGUAUUUGGUAUGAAUGGGUUUGUGUGCUUUAGUGAUGACUGUGACACUGAAAACGAGGAAUUCAUACAAGCGAAAGCUUUAUGAUGAUGAACUGCACACUUGAACUGAAAUUAUGAUGAAUAAGCUUUGAUCUUGUUUUUGUUACAAACGCGAAUAAACAAUGACAGUACAACAAGA